CAUAAAAAAUCUUUAAAUUAAUAAAUUAUUAAUUUAUUGAUUAAUUUAACAAAUAUAAAUUAAUUUUUACGUUCCCGACUAUAUUAAUUUAUAGAGGUUUUAAUGUAGAUUGAGUUUAGUGAAUUUAUGAUUUGGGAUAUGGGUUGGCAACCCUAUGGAACCUGUUGAUGCCGGUAUUUCACUGACCACCCUCCUGACAUUGUCUAUGUUUAUGCCGACUUUUAGAAGUGUUUUUUUGUUUUAAAAGCUGAAGUAAGACCAAACACCUCUAAAAGCUCGACUUUUGAAAUGCUAAAAAGUGUUUUGUAUAACAUAAAAGCAGAAGUUUAGAUUUGAAGCUUCUACAAAAAAUUGUUUGAAAAAAAUAAGAUUAUCCUUAUCAUAUUUUAAUAUUAUUUAUAGAAAAUAUAAUCUUUUCAUUUAUACCAUUUUAAAAAUAAAACUAAAAUUUAAAAUAAUAUUAUUUAAUAUAAAUCUAACAAUAUUCAUUUUGAAUAUUUUUUUAUUUUUGUAGAAUUUGUAUUCAUAUGUUAUAUUAGAAAUUCAUUUUAGUCAUUUUACAUGAUCUCUUAUAUCAAACCGCACUUCUAAUAGUUUUCAGGCAAACACUCAACUGUUUUUUUUUAACACUUCUCUAAAAAUUUCAGCCAGAAAUUGCUUCUACAAAAAGUACAGCAGGGUCAAACUAAACCAUUGUUAAAACGAUUGAAAAAACUUAUUAUCAAACCACGAGAAACUGAUAAUAACCUGUCUGACUCCAAUUAGACCAAACCAAGAAUUGAACAGACUACACCUUUGGUUUGCCGAACCAUUCCUCUUCUUUCUCUCACUUUGAAUGCAUGCAUUCAUGCCACAAAAUGAUUUCAUGUUCUAUAUAUGCACAAUCAAAGUCAUUUUCACCAUUCGCCUCACUUUUUCAUAAAAGAAGACGUGAAUAUUACUGGUCAGAAAACUCAAUCCAAUUUGACGAUAGGUUAGUAAACAAUUGGAAAGAGUUCUGUGCAUGAAGGCCAUUGAAGGGAAUGAAGGCUGAACCACAUAAUUGGCCACAGAGGGACUUAAAAUUGGCAUGCUUGCUUAAUAACUCAAUUGAGCCUCAUUGUUGCUUAAUUAGUUUAUGAGAAUUGCUGACAUCAUGGGGGCACAGAUUCUUUAAUAAUUAACCUAUGAAUUCUCUUUCAGGCUAGCUUAAUUUUGUGCACUAAAAGAACCUAACAGUUAUUUUAUUGGUUGAAUUAUUUUCAUAUAAGAGAAAUAUAUUUUUUGUUGGACAUUUCCCAUUGAAAUAUAGAAUUUCAAUGGGACAAAGGACAAAAUGAAGGCCUGGGGAUUUACUGGUUUAGAUCUGUGUUGUCUUUGUAAUCAGAUGGCUGAAAGUAGAGAACACUUGUUUUCCCAGUGUGAUUAUUUCAGGCAACUGUUCCAUGAUCUGCUGGGGAGGUUUUCUUUUAUGCCAAGAGAUUGGGAUGAUGGAUUGAAAUGGGCCAUAGACGUAUUUGGCAAGAAAGGGACGAAAGCAGGGAAUGGAAGAAUUAUCUGGCAGUCUCUGAUAAGCUAUGCCUGGCGAGAAAGAUGUAUUAGACUGUUUGAAGGGAAGUCUCGAAGUAUCGAAGGUUUGAGGAAGGUAAUUCGAAGUGAGGUAUUGAUGUUGUUGCAGGAGGAAGAAGCAGCUGAAUUCUGGAUCUAAUCAUCAAAUAUGGUUCUACUUGGCAGUCUUACUGAUUAGCUAGCUUAACUCGAGGUGUAUAGGUAAUAGUUUUGUUUUCGUUGAGUCUGAUGUAUAACCAGUUUGCAUGGUUUGAAACCUAGCUAGGAAGGUUUGUUCCCAGCACCCCUUUUCUUUUGAUGGAAAGCAACUAAUUCAUAAAAAAAUAUAGAAUUUCCAAGGUAGAAAGUGCUCAUUAGAUGUGUCUUCCUUCCGGUGCAAGAAAACAUAUGGUUGAUUGGAGAGAAAGGCAUGGGAAGCCACCCAUUAGCCGUUGACUCCUAUAGAUCACAAGAUCUGAAUCUCCUCGAUCGUGUUCCUUAGACAAGGAAAGCUCGAACAAAAUAGAGACCAUAACGAAGUUCUUUGGUACGAAAACAUAAUUCCGCACCUCCAACAGUUCACAUAAUAGGAUCAAUUCAUUAAUAAGGACUAUUCCUUGUU